AUGAACGAUCCUUUCCUCGCUCAUACAUACUCGAUGCACAAUCCUGUCCUCACUCAUGCAUACUCGAUGCACAAUCCUUUCCUUGUUCAUGCAUACUCGAUGCACAAUCCUUUCAUCGCUCAUGCAUACUCGAUGCACGAUCCUUUCCUCGCUCACGUAUACUCGAUGCAUGAUCAUUUCCUCGCCCACGCAUACUCGAUGCAAGAUCCUUUCCUUGCUCAUGCAUACUCGAGGCACAAUCCUUUCCUCGCUCAUGCAUGGCUUUUACUCGAUGCUUGCCUAGUGUUUAUUCGAUGCUCGCUCAGUGUUUACUCGAUACAUGACCACCAUUUUCACGGCCAACACAGAGCCAAAAUUUCUUCUUGCUAA